AUGAGAGUUGGUGGAAUCUCAUUGGCAGGACGGGUUGGAUAUUGUUCGUCUGCGGUAGAAAAUGUUGCGGAGGUCGGUUCGGCGGUUUGCGCUGUCGAUAUCGCUGUUAAUGGUGAUUUACACAGCGACAGUCUUCAUUAUGGAUUACCAGGCAAGCUUUUUCUCUCGAGUAACACUUUGAAUUAUUUGGCUAGUGGAUCGCGAAUGCAGCGUAAUGUAUCGCGUAAAGCCCAGCCGAGAAUGAAAGUUAAUGGAGUAAAGAGAGACAGUCUGGAGAAUUCUGAAGGACUUGUCGCUGAUCGCGAUCCUGGCGUCCAGAAAGUAUUACAUAUGCCAUCUUUUUCACAAAAUUAUUUUAUUGCACCAAAUCGCAUUUUUCACUUGGAUUUGAAAGGCGCAGCACCAAAAAUGGACUAUUUAUUGAAGCUUGUUCCAUUCAUCAAACAAAUUGGAGCAACAGGAAUAAUGAUCGAAUAUGAAGAUAUGUUUCCAUUUACAGAUUUUGAAGGUAAACUAAGUGGGGUAAAAGCUGGCAAUGCAUAUACUUUGGAUGAGUUACGUCGCUUUCUUCAUGCAAUCCAGACACAUAAUUUAGACAUUAUACCUCUUGUUCAAACAGUAGGUCAUCUGGAAUACAUUUUGAAAUACCCGAACUUCUCUAAAUAUCGCGAGGAGGAACGGUAUCCACAGGUCAUUUGUUUGACGGAUGAAGGAGCAGUUGAUUUGGUCCAAGAAGCACUGAGACAAAUAUUAAAUUUGCAUAAAGAUUUUGCUAUGAAAUAUUUCCACAUUGGAGCAGAUGAGGUUUUUCAGAUCGGUCGAUGUGAAAAGGACAGAAAUUAUAUGAUAAACAAUAACGUUGAUACCGAGUUCUUGCUCCUCAAACACAUCUCGAGAAUAGCGAAGUUCGUCAAGGCUCAAAUUCCAAAGAAAAAACUGAGUGUAUUGAUUUGGCACGAUAUGCUAAUAAAUUCACAAACACAAAGUGUCUUGAAGCAUGGUUUGAGUAAAUUGGUCGAGCCAGUAGUGUGGAAUUAUAUGGAAAAUUUGGAUAACCAGUUGUUGCCUGAUUUUUGGCAGCGAUUAUCGUCAAUGUUUUCAUACGUCUGGGGAGCUUCUGCUUACAAAGUUGAGUUUUCAAAAUUAUAG